UCUAUUUGGGUGUGAAAAUGUUUAAAACACACCAUUUCUAGUUGUUUCCUCUAGUCUCUGAUUCAGAGUAGGCCUCUGCUAAAAUUUCUCAGUCUUCCUUUUUGUCUUCGUUUUAGGGUUUCAUUUGACCGGAUAACUUUGUUCUGCUCAGUCGCAUUUGCCUACUCAGCUGGAAACCUAGCUGUACCAAAACCUCCAGAAGCAGCCGAGCUCUCCCUCUCUCUCUCUCUCUCUCUAGCUCUCUCUCUCUCUCUCUCUAGCUCUCGCUCUCUUCUGUUUUAAAGAUUUCAGUGAGGAUUUUGAUUUUUUAUUGAAAGGAUUUUGAUUUAGAAAGCAACUAAUCUCUCUCGCUCUCUCUCAGGUUUGUUGUUGGGGAACAGUAAUGGUAAAUACAUCGACGUUUGCUGCAGAAAUGGUGGAACUUUCUAGUGGUGAUGAUGACAGUGAUGUGAUUUGGACUACGGAUGAUGAAUUUGAGAUUGAUAACUAUCAAUCUUCUCCGAUGCAUUCUGUGUCUGAAACCUUAGGUGGACCUGCUAGUAAGGGAAUCUCUGAUGAGACGUUUGCUAGUUUUAUUGAGAUGGGAUUUUCAAGUGAAAGCAUGGUUAGAGCAAUUGAAGAAACUGGACCAAAUCCAGAACCUAUUCUGAUUCUUGAAACGCUCUCCAAGUUUUCUACAAGCGAUGAACCUAGUUCUUCAAAAUCCAAAGUUUUCGAUUAUCUUAUUGGGAUGGGGUUUCCUGAGGAAAAUGUGUUAAAAGCUAUACAAGAAUACGGAGACGAAAAUGUUGAUGAGUUAACAGAUGCACUUCUUACUUAUGCGGAGGUAGAGGAAAUGAGCGAAACAAAAGACGAGAACAUCAACACUAAUGAUGAUGACAAUCUCUAUUCAUUAUCCUCAGAUGAUGAGGAUAAACCAAACUACUCGAAUGUACUCCAAUAUUUGAUCAACAUGGACUUUUCGAGGGAAGAAGCUGCUAAAGCUUUAGAGAGAUGUGGAGAGGAUGCAAGUGUGGAAGAGGUCGUAAACUACAUUUGUGCUGCUCAGAUGGCACGGCAAUUCGAUGAUUUUUUUGCACAACAAGAUAAAAAAGAGCUUAUAACUAACAGCAAAAAGAGGCGAGUAUACAAUGAGCCACAAAGAAGAAAGAGAAAGCCGAACACUGCCAUGGCCAAUGACGAGCUCAUCCGUCUACCAAAUCCGAUGACUGGGUUUGGUGUCCCUAAUGAACCUGGAAUUAUGACAAAAAGACCAGUCCCAAUUCCAGAUGUUGCUCGUGGCCCGCCCUACUUUUACUAUGAGAACGUUGCAAUGGCAAGUAAAGGUGCUUGGGCCAAGAUUUCCAGCCAAUUGUACGAUAUCAUGCCUGAAUUUGUAGAUUCUAUGUAUCUCUCUGCCGCUGCAAUGAGAAGGGGUUACGUUCAUAACUUACCAAUCGAUAAAAGAUACCAAAUCCAACCUCCACCACACUACACCAUCCAAGAAGCCUUUCCAGUGACCAAGAGAUGGUGGCCCACUUGGGAUGAAAGACUGAAGUUAAACUGUUUGGGCACAUUUCUUGGCAGUGCUACGCUUACAAACAGACUACGUGAGAAGCUUGAGAAACAUGAUGGAGAGCCGCCUGAAAGUGUGCAGAAAGAAGUCCUCAAAGAUUGCAGAAAAUGGAAUUUGGUCUGGGUUGGCAAGAACAAACUUGCCCCGCUUGAACCAGAUGAGAUAGAGAAGCUUCUAGGCUUCCCAGAGGAUCAUACUCGAGGAGGAGGACUCAGUAGAACUGAGCGCUUCAAGUCUUUAGGCAACUCGUUUCAGGUUGAUACUGUUGCAUAUCACUUUUCUGUCCUCAAGCCUUUGUUCCCGAAUGGAAUCAACGUUCUGUCACUCUUCACGGGGAUAGGCGGUGGAGAAGUCGCACUCCAUCGUCUCAAUAUUCGAAUGAAUGUAGUUGUGUCUGUGGAGAGUUCAGACGCAAAUCGAAACAUCUUGAGAAGCUAUUGGGCGCAGACGGAUCAGAAGGGUACCUUGAGAGAGUUCACUGACGUUUCAAAGCUAGACAAACAUACAAUUGAGCGACUUAUGGACGAGUAUGGAGGGUUUGACUUGGUUAUAGGAAGAAGUCCUUGUAAGAAUCGUGAAGGAGAUCAUUCGUAUCUCUUCUUCGAAUAUUGCAGGAUUCUCGAGACGGUUCGCAGCAAAUCAGCAGAUAUGAGGAGGAGAUGAAGAGUUUGAAGUCUCAAGUUGUUCUGAUUUGAAAAGAAAAAAAUAGUCCUUACAUCAGUACAUGAGUAGCAACGUUCUAAGUGAUUCAAAGUUGUAUUUUGCAGAUUCUUUUUAUGCCUUCUCUUUCUCUCCA